AAAAUGCAGAACCGGAAAAAGCGGGCCUAAAUUUCCCGGGGAGUGGAGAGUGGAGACCCACCUCACCUCACCUCUCUUCAAUCACUCUUUCUCAGUCUUGAAGCUGCAGCCUUCUUUCUCACUACUCUCUCUCUCUCUUUCUCUCUCUCUCUCUGCUUUCUUCUCUCUUUUUCCAUAUUCAGAUCCACACUGCUCUCUUCUUCGUUCCUCUCCGUGAAAUCAUUGCACAUUUUCUCUCUACAUACCCGUUUGAGGGGCGUCUCUCGACUGCUUGGUGCUAAUUUCAAUUUAAGGUGGUGCUGCUUUGUUAAGGGUUGAAAGGAAUUUAUAUAGUUUGAUCUGCACUGAGGUUUGCUUGGAGUAGUGAGGACAAGACCACAGAAUCUUGUUGAAAGAUGGAGGAAAUACAGUCUCAAUCGGAUCAAUAUAGGUCUUCAUCAUCUUCAGCAAGUAGUCCUGCAAGCAGGGUGCCAUCAAGUAAUUUCUUUUACUUAAGAAAGCCUGGCUCUCUUAGGCAACCGAUUUCGUUUGAGGACUCACCUCUAUGGGAUGACACUGAUGUUGAAGUCAAAGUGGAUGAUGGAGUUGACUCCAUCAAUGCUGCAACCACUCCAGCCUCCCCAUCGCUUUCGAAACUUUAUAGUGGGUCAUUGCCAUCCCCUCAUUUGCCAGAGGGACCGCCGCUAGUGAAAAUUAAGAUUGCUGGUGCUUCACUUGCUUGGAAAGACUUGACGGUUACUAUAAAGGGAAAGAGGAAAUAUUCUGAUAAGGUGAUCAAGAGUUCAAACGGUUAUGCGUUGCCUGGAACAAUGACUGUCAUCAUGGGCCCUGCCAAGUCAGGAAAAUCAACACUUUUGAAAGCUCUAGCAGGUAGGUUGCCUGAUUCCGCAAGAAUGUAUGGUGAGGUGCUUGUAAAUGGUGCAAAAUCGCGUAUUCCAUAUGGGUCCUAUGGAUUUGUUGAGAAAGAAACAACUCUUAUAGGAUCUUUGACAGUUCGUGAGUUCCUCUACUACUCAGCAUUGCUUCAACUUCCCGGUUUCUUUUGUCAGAAAAAGGAUGUGGUGGAGGAUGCUAUCCUUGCUAUGUCACUGGGAGAUUAUGGUAAUAAACUAAUUGGUGGUCACUGUUACAUGAAGGGCCUUCCAAGGGGUGAGAGAAGGCGUAUUAGCAUUGCCAGGGAACUUGUGAUGAGACCACAUGUUCUAUUCAUAGAUGAGCCCCUUUAUCAACUUGACAGUGUUUCUGCACUCCUGAUGAUGGUUACACUGAAGAAGCUUGCAAGCACUGGAUGCACCUUAAUUUUCACCUUAAACCAGAGCAGUACGGAAGUAUUUGGCCUCUUUGAUCGAAUAUGCCUCCUUUCAAAUGGAAACACACUGUUCUUUGGAGAAACAUUGGCUUGCUUGCAGCACUUCUCUAAUGCUGGAUUUCCUUGCCCAAUCAUGCAAAGUCCCUCUGAUCACUUUCUGCGUGCAAUAAACACAGAUUUUGACAGGAUUAUUGCAAUGUGCAAAAAUUGGCAGGAUGACCACGGAGAAUUAUCAGCAGUGAACAUGGACACUGCUGUUGCAAUACGUACCCUUGAAGCAACAUAUAAAUCGUCAGCUGAUGCUGCUGCUGUUGAAAGUAUGAUAGUGAAGCUCACUGAGAAGGAAGGUCCGUAUCUCAAAAGCAAGGGAAAGGCGAGCAGUGCAACACGUAUUGCAGUAUUAACGUGGAGAUCUCUAUUAAUCAUGUCAAGAGAGUGGAAAUAUUACUGGCUUAGGCUGAUACUCUAUAUGCUUCUUGCUCUCUGUAUUGGAACUGUAUUCUCUGGGCUGGGGCAUUCCUUGUCCUCCGUUGCGACAAGAGUUGCAGCAAUAUUUGUAUUCAUAUCAUUUGCCUCUCUUCUAAGCAUAGCUGGAGUACCUUGUCAGAUGAAAGAAAUUAAGAUAUAUGCCUGUGAAGUAUCGAAUCAGCAUUCUGGGGCUUUAGUUUUCCUGCUCGGGCAACUUAUCGCUAGCAUCCCAUUCCUGUUUCUCAUAUCCAUUUCGUCAAGUCUAAUCUUUUAUUUCCUCGUUGGGCUGCGGGAUGAGUUCAACUUGUUGAUGUACUUUGUGCUGAACUUCUUCAUGUGCCUCUUAGUAAAUGAAGGAAUGGUGUUGGUUUUUGCUUCGAUCUGGCAAGACAUCUUCUGGAGCACAAUAACGUUCGUGUCAGUCCAUGCGGUGAUGAUGCUUUCUGCUGGCUAUUAUAGAAUCCGAAGUGAUUUGCCAGUACCAGUGUGGAUGUAUCCCGUGUCCUAUAUAGCAUUUCAUACCUACUCUCUGCAGGGUCUCCUGGAGAACGAGUACAUAGGAAGCUCGUUUGCAGUUGGGCAGGUGAGAACCUUAUCUGGCUAUCAGGCUCUUAGAAAUGUAUACGACACAUCUGAAGACAGUAACGCGAAAUGGGAAAAUUUACUCAUGUUGUUUAUCAUGGCUGUGGCAUACCGCAUUCUCGUGUUUAUAUUGCUAGAGUUUUGUGUCAGGAAAAACAUCUCUGUACAUAGACUUUGCCCCUGUAACCAAGAUACAAGCAAGAAUCCUUAGCUAAUACUACUACUAUCUAUGGAACCUGGAAAAAAGACCUAAAUUCCUGUGAAUUUCUAUAAAUGAAGUUUGUGUUAUUUUUGUUGAA